ACGAGCUAAAAGAAUGUUCAGUACACACGAACGUCUCAAACGUCGCACUCCGGAAGGGGGUAUCAACCGAAGGACCUACUUGCGGCUGCUCGUAGAUGAAUAUUACGAAACAUCAAACGUUGAAGCGCAGCAGCAAGUGACCGCCAAUCUGGCUAACUUCGCCUACGACCCUAUCAAUUGGCCCUUCCUGCUGGAGGCUAAGGCGCAUGAGCUUUUUUACGAAAUUAUUCAACAAUCCACUCAGGGAGUAUUGGACAGACUUCUCGUUCUGCAUGCAAUCGUUGGCUUAACCAACAUUUCACUCGAUCCGGACACGGCGGAAUACAUCGUUCGCAGUAACGGCUUGCAUCGACUCGCGGAACUAUUGAAAAAGCAUGACACAAAUUGCGAGAUCGUUUGCAAUGUGCUGACUUGUUUUGCAUUUUUGAUAAACGACGACCGUGCGCAGGUGUUACGCAAAGAUAACAGUUUAUUGCCGCUACUGGAACAGUUGAGACAAGACAAAAACCCUCGAAUAGCCAAUCUUGCCACGGUGGUCCUGGAAGACAUUAAAUCGAAGCAAUGCAACGAAUAAUGACCAUGCGUUGGAUCUGUGCUGCUAGAACUGCCGGUGCACCGACGCUUGGGACAGUUUUCCACCUCACAAGGACGUUUCGUGAGAAGGACAUAAAAACAUUCGUCGCCCUAACCGGAGACAGCAAUCCAAUCCAUU